AGUCUCCGCUCUUUGACUGUGAAUCCUAGCUAGGUCGCGGUCGCCCAUAGUGAAAGCAUGUCAAUGCCUUUCAACGUGACCUGCAUCCGCCAUACCGUGUUGGCUCAGCUGCACGACAACAUUCUCUUCCUCCGCGCGUAAGUGCGCUCUACAGCUCACGCACGAACGCGCACACACACACCGCGCGAGCCGACGGUGUCCGCGACCGAAGGAAACGUCACUGUAGUCGAGCAGCUACCUGGAGCCGAGCUAAAGGACGGAGGCUUUAUAGCUGCAUUCACACCACAGACGUUUCUGUCAGACGCGCGAGCGAUGGCGGAGGACAUGAAGGACAAGCUGCAGCGGUACCGCACAGCACCUUUCGACGCCCGCUUCCCGAACCAGAACCAGACGAGGAACUGCUGGCAGAAUUAUCUAGAUUUUUACAGAUGCCAAAAAUCCCUGGAGGCCAAAGGAAUGGAUGUGGAACCAUGUGACUGGUACAAGAAAGUAUACAAAUCACUGUGCCCCAUUUCAUGGAUCGAGAAAUGGGACACACAGCGAGAGGAUGGGACAUUCCCGGGGAAGAUCUGAGGAUCUCGCCACCAAAGAGCGAUAUCACCAUUGUUAUCGCUGCCGCAAAAACCUCAAGAUGUUUGUGUCUGUAGCAUGAUUUGGUAUCCUGCUGAGUCAGACCUUAACUCCCAUUGAUGCAACUGUGGAUCGGCAGACUGGGAUGGAUCUUUGUCAUUCCUAUUUAAAGUGAAAGCAUUGUACCACAGCUUCUCUAUUAAAUAUCUCAGGCAUUUUAUUGAAA